UAGAUUUUAUUUUGAGUGAAGGUUACUGUCCUGCAUAAUCAUUGUUAUGCUGCCUCUACUGUUUCCAAUUUAUACCAGUUACAUAUAGGCUUUGUAAAACAGUGCAUGCUGCGGAGUAUUCUGGGCUCAUACAUCUGGGUUAAACAAAAUUAAGUUAUCCUGUAACUGAAGCAUACAUGUUGAGGUGAAGAGCCUGGCAAACACAGUUAAUAAAAUGGGAUUUAAACUAUUAUAAAGAAUAUAAAAAGGUCAAGCUGAAACAUUUCUAGAACUAAAUCACUUGGGCGACCUGCUGAGAGAGAAGACAUAUCCGGCAUGGGACUCUUUAAUGGCAAUUUGGGACAGAAUUGUUUUUUGCGAGCAGAUCCCUCUGUUCACUCACUGCAUGAACUCCACAUAUGUGGCUGCUUAACUACUAACUCUAUUAUUUUAGGCUUAGCUGUUUACACACUAAUUAGCACCAUGUGGUAACACCAAACAGAGGUGUAGAGGAAUGACUGAUGAGGAGUCAGCUGGGUCUGAGAGGCAUUCAUCAAUCAUGUUAAACACAGAGCACAUCAGACGGAGCUUUUGAUCACCAUAGGAACAAGCUCAGGACUUUGGUCUAAUCAUCAGCAGCCAGGGUGAAGGGGUGCUGGUGUCAUUCGCAACACCAGUCCAGUAAACAAAUCUUCACUCUAACAAGUACAGUUGUAUUGACAAGAGGUGUCAGAGAAGGGGACACUGGAGCAUCGUGAACUAUUAUGGCGUGUUUAUAGUGGCUUGCAUUGGCACAUUAACCAUUUGUUUUUAAAAAAAAAAAAAAAAAAGGUUCAAAUAGGAGAUUUUUUUAAAGGUUGGUCAUGGAUACAGUUUGGAGUGUUCAAAAAGAUUUAGACUGAUCAAAUCUAACACACAAUGCUAACUACCUUGUGCAUUAUGUUUUCUACAGAAUUUUAACCAGUUCUUUUACCUCAGAGUGCAGUUGGUUUGUUGUCUUUCAUCUUAAGAGGCUGCGUCAUGGUGGUUAAGGACAAGAUUGAUCAUAGUGUACAUUUAUCUCUCUUCACAGACUGUGCCAUGGAUCAUGUGCUGAACAUUGCCGACAAUUACAUCUUCACUCCGUAUGUUUACCCGGCCACAUGGCCCGAGGACUGGGCUCUGCGUCAGAUAAUCAGCCUGUGGGUAGUGACCAACUUGGGAGCAGUGCUCAUUUAUCUGGGCUUUGGUGCUCUUAGUUUCUAUUACGUUUUUGACCAUAAGCUCAUGAAACAUCCACAUUUUCUUAAGGACCAGGUCAGAAAAGAGAUUAAACUAGCAACAGCCUCCAUCUUCUGGAUGAGCUUCCCCACAGUGGCCCUUUUCUUCUGGGAGGUCAGGGGAUAUAGCAAACUUUAUGACAACAUCAGUGAAUCUUGUCUAGGCUGGCCGGGGAUGUUCCUGAGCAUUGCUGGUUUCUUGUUCUUUACUGACAUGUGUAUCUACUGGAUACACCGUUUCCUGCACCACAAAAGAAUUUACAAGCACUUACAUAAGCAGCACCAUAUAUUCAAGAUCCCUACGCCUUUUGCCAGCCAUGCCUUCCACCCACUUGACGGCUUCCUGCAGAGCUUACCCUAUCACGUCUACCCAUUCAUCUUCCCCCUUCACAAGGUGGUCUACCUCUCACUCUUUGUAUUUGUCAACAUCUGGACCAUAUCCAUACACGAUGGAGACUACCGCAUCCCUGGCCCCCUGAUAUUUCUGAUCAAUGGUGCUGCUCACCAUGUAGACCAUCAUCUCUUCUUCAACUACAACUACGGACAAUACUUCACGCUCUGGGAUCGACUAGGGGGCUCCUACAGACACCCCUCAGCCCUGCUGGGAAAGGGGCCACAUGACCACAUUCGCAAGCUAAUGGCAGAGGGUGCACACACACAGUGAUGAUGGAGCUGCUGUCAGGAUUUUCUUCACUGGUUUAAACCUCUCAGGGAGGUUCCUAAUGCUCAGCCUAGGUCAUGACUCAAGAGACAACUGCAUCAGAUGCAAAACAAACAAUCAGGGGGCGUCGGUGGCUUAGUAGUAGAGCAGGCACCCCAUGUACAAGGCUGUUGCCGCAGCGGCCCGGGCUGACUCCA